AUGUGUACCUGGGGCGAACAGCCAGACUGCAAGAAGUUUGAAAAUCGACUAUUUAUGUGCACCAGAGAAAUGCGUCCAGUCUGCGGCACUAAUGGCAAAACUUACAGCAAUGAAUGCAUUUUCUGCAGUAGUAUGUUAUUUGACAAAAUGGCACUCUUCUCAUCAUGGAUCAAAGCUGUUUUCAUCAUCGUCUUGGCAUUUUCUCUUUUUUCUGAAACUGUUCUUGCAGCCUUACAAUUAGAAAAACAGCCCGACUGCAGGAAUUUUGAAAAUCGAGUCUUUAUGUGCAACAGAAUUACACGUCCAGUCUGCGGAACUAAUGGCGAAACUUACAUAAACGAAUGCAUUUUCUGCAGUUUUAAGUUGUAA